GCCUAUGAAGCAUUUCUCAAAAGCCGUACGUUAUAGGGUUUUCUUUUAUCCUUUGCACCUUCUCGUCCUUGAAUUUCCUCGCUUGAUGGAAAUUCAAGGCGUGAAUAGCAGAAUAACGCUGGAAAGGAUCGGAUCGGAAUAAAGAUCCCAAUCGGAGAACAAGCCAAUAUUGCUAUUGCUAGAAUCAACACUCUAGAUUACAAUGGGCAAUUGCUUUGUCACGAAUACUGCUGAUGAUGAUGAUGACGAUCACAAGCUAGAUUUCACUGGCGGAAAUGUGCAUGUUGUAACUUCCAAGGAAAACUGGGAUGCAAAGUUAUCGGAAGCAAGCAAGGACGGCAAGAUUGUUGUGGUCAACUUCAGUGCAUCAUGGUGUGGUCCGUGCCGAUUGAUUUCAUCGCUUUACAAUGAUCUUUCAUUGAAAUACCCUAGCCUCAUGUUCCUAACAAUAGACGUCGAUGAAUUAUCAGACUUCAGUUCCUCAUGGGAUAUCCGUGCAACACCCACUUUCUUCUUCCUCAAAGAAGGGCAGCAGGUGGAUAAGCUCGUGGGUGCGAACAAACCAGAGCUUGAGAAGAAGAUAACCUUGUGGGGAGACUCAGCAGUCCCAGCCCCCCUCACAGCAGGACCACCCACAUAACACGGAUUCAUCUGCACCAGCAACCGAGGGUAAUGAAGUAAUCUUUUUGUGAAAUAUGAGUGCUCUUGUGUGAAUGGUCAUUCAUUGCUUUUGCCUCUUGUAAUCCAUGUUUUACGAUGUAUUGGUGUAGUAUUGGCUUGUGUUUGUGUGUGCAUAAUCAGCUUUUGUAAUCCAUGUUGUGUGAUGUCGUCUUUGGGAAUCUGUAAUACUUGCAUAUGGAUUUUCCUAAACCUCAUGUUCAGAUUAGAGAAAAUGGUGUGCUACUCA